AUGCCGGCAUACAUUGUUGUACAGUGUUAUCAAUGCGGGCUGUUCCAGGUGACGCAAGAGAAGAAAUCGACGAACAAGUUUGUGUGCCCGGUCUGUAACGAGAAGCAGUCAGUGCGCAAGAUCUUCGCCCAGAGUGAGAUAGCGAGGGAUUGUCGACAAGUGACGCAGGAGCUGAACAUGACGCGAGGAGAGGUGGUGGAGAGGCUGGAGGUGACGAGCGGGAAUGUCGUGCGGAGGGAGGAACAACAGCGGGAAGUCGCCGCGCCUGCUGAGAGUCGUUGGAAGGAUUUCGUGCAGGAGCAAGAGGAGGAGCGGGAGGAGGCGAACGAUCCCCUGGAAGACUUGUACGUCACCUGCCUACCAGAGAAGAGCAAGAAGAGGAAGAGCUCGGGUGGUGAUCGCCGUCAUUGCGAUACAUCGGAAAAUCAGCCGGCCAGACCGAAGAAGAUGUCGAGCGGCAACAUGAGAUCUGGCGAAGGGAAGCUAAGCAGCAGCAGCAGCAACAACAACAACAACUGGAAUCACAACAACAACUGGAAUCACAACAACAACAGCAACAAGAAUGGUGAUAGCAACAUCAGUAUCAGCAGCAACAGAAAUAAUAACAACAACUGGAACCUUCAAAGGGACAACAAGUUGGAGAGGACCGAUGUUGAGGACGAAGAGCAAGAGAACGGCUGGGGCAACUCUUCUUGUCGGAGGGAGAGCAGGAGACCCUCCGAACAGCAACUUGCCGCUUCCAUCGUGCUCGAGAUGUCCAACGAUGAGCUACGGCAAGACAAGAGCAGCGAGCAUAUGAGUUGGGCGGAAGCAGCUCGACAAGUUGGUCACACCAAGAUGGAGGAGGAGGACAAGAAGAGGAGCGAAGUCCCGAUGUCGUCAAAGUGGUCAAAGUUUAUGUGA